UUCUUUUUGGAGUACAUGUGUUACUGUUUGGGUUGUGCGAGCGCUUUUUUAGAGGGAAGGGGAAUUCCUCUGCUACAGAGAAAAAUUUUAUUCUGUCAGUGGCAGACUGCGAUUCCCAUCGAUUUUCGAGGAAAAUUCGUGUUACUCUCGAAAAAGGAGAAGCCAAAGAACCUGUGCGGCUGUGGCUGCUGCUGCUCCCAAUCAUCUUCUUCGCCGAUAGCCGUAAAGGCGACUGCAAAUCUUCUUCUACAGAGAGCUAUGGCAGAAGAUGUCCGGAGUUGCGAGCCGGAGUUCUGGUUGUACAUGUUGGCAAUCGUAGGUCUGGUGACCUUCGCUGGACUGAUGGCUGGGCUCACUUUGGGUCUCAUGUCUCUCGGCCUCGUUGACCUGGAAGUUCUUAUAAAGUCCGGCCGCCCUCAGGAUCGCAAACACGCCGCUAAGAUAUUCCCAGUGGUAAAGAAUCAGCAUCUGCUUCUCUGCACACUUUUGAUUGGUAACUCUUUAGCAAUGGAGGCUCUUCCGAUAUUCUUGGACAAGAUUGUACCUCCUUGGGCAGCUAUCCUUGUUUCAGUUACUCUAAUCCUCAUGUUCGGAGAGAUAUUGCCACAAGCGAUUUGUACUCGUUAUGGGUUGAAAGUUGGAGCAAUAAUGGCACCUUUUGUUCGCAUUCUUCUUAUGUUAUUCUUUCCCAUUUCAUAUCCAAUUAGUAAGGUUCUUGAUUGGAUGUUGGGUAAAGGGCACGCUGUCCUCUUAAGGAGAGCAGAGCUCAAGACAUUUGUGAACUUUCAUGGCAAUGAGGCUGGAAAAGGUGGAGAUUUAACUCACGACGAGACUACUAUUAUUGCUGGGGCACUUGAAUUGACUGAAAAGACAGCAAAAGAUGCCAUGACUCCUAUAUCAAAUGCAUUUUCCCUUGAUCUGGAUGCGACUCUUGAUUUGGAUACACUCAAUGCUAUAAUGACGAAAGGGCAUAGCAGAGUUCCUGUAUAUUCUGGAGAUCCAAAAAAUAUAAUUGGACUAGUUCUGGUUAAAAAUCUUUUGACUGUUGAUCCAGACGAUAGAAUUUCCCUCAAAAAAAUGAUUAUUAGAAAAAUUCCACGGGUUUCUGAAGACAUGCCUCUAUAUGACAUUUUAAAUGAAUUUCAAAAGGGGCAUAGUCACAUUGCUGUGGUAUUCAAGAAACAUGGUUACCAAUCUGAGGCAUUGCUGAAAAAAGACAAUGGAGUUGACUCUGGUGCUGAUGCUGCUACUCAAAACUUAGUGAUGAAACUGGAAUCAGUUGAUGCUCAAACAACAGCUGAAAAGGGUGGAGGCCAACAGAUAAAGAAAAGUCCACCAGCUACUCCUGCGUUUAAAAAACGACACAAAGGUUGUUCAUUUUGCAUUUUAGAUGUCGAAAAUGCACCUCUUCCCAUUUUUCCACCUAGUGAAGAGGUGGUUGGUGUCAUUACUAUGGAGGAUGUGAUUGAAGAACUUCUUCAGGAGGAGAUAUUAGACGAAACAGAUGAGUAUGUCAAUAUCCACAACAGAAUAAAAAUCAACAUGCAAGCAUCUCCAGAAAAACCAGGCACCAACCCAUCGCAGCUUUCCUCAUAUGUUAAAAUGUGACUGCAUUUUCAUCCCCAGCAACGUCGGGCUCCAACAAAGUUCCACGGUUUCCCGACUUGGCUACUGCAGCUCUUGCCCAUACCUUCGAUAGACUGGUGGUAUUUCUUUAUCCUUAUCUUUUUUGAUUUAAUGGUAUAAGAGAUUUAAGGUAGAAGAAAAGAAGCUGAAAUCUAGACAAAAGUUAGCUGCCUCGUACUUAUUUCUAAGAUCAAAUAGAAAUGUAUUUUUUUGCAUCUAUGUUUUCCCAGGGCUAGAUGGUUGGAUUUUAGAAAUUAUACCAUUUGAUUGUAUAGGAACGAUAUGUAUUUAACUUCAAUCCAAAGCAAGUGUAUCAAUCAAGGUAGGGUUCCAGAAAAUAAUGUCAUGCCUAUUGGCUAUUACAAAAUGGGAUAAAAGACACUUUCUGUCACUGUAAUUUCAUUGAAGUAAUCAUUUAGUUUAUGUA